GUCCUCGUCUGAUUCGUCCAUACCGACCGGGCCUACGGCUUUAAGCAGCUCUGACUUUUUAACGAGAUGCCAAAGGAACUGCGAAAACGUGGAAAGAAACGCAAAAAGUCUCAGCAAGAAGAAGAUUUCCCAAACCAAGGACAAGAACACGAAGAACCCUCUGGGGGACCGUCUUGGAUCAUCUCGGCGCGCCAAACAGAGAAUGUGAACCCAGAAGUCCCAUUCGGAUAUAUCGACCCAGAUAUCAAGGCCUACUUCCGAACCGUUGACGACCAGAUGCGGGCAUGGCAAGACGAAGAACAUACACCGGACGAGAAUAUCGACUUGGAUCCGAAUGAGGCGAAACGACUUUUUUUCGUAGCUGCGUUGAACGAGAUGUCUGGCAAAGAGAGACAACUUGCUACAGAUCCCGAGUGUUCCGUUGUGUUGGAGCGCGUCCUCUAUUCCAUGGAUGACUUUGUGCGACGAGUAUUCAUAGACAGUUUAUGUGGCUCGUUCGAGGUACUCAUCAAACAUCGUUUCGCAUCCCAUGUUUGCCAAACCUUUUUCUCAGUCGCGGUCGAUACUGUCUCCCGAGAGACAAGAGGCAUCGUAGCAGAGGUCCCGGAGCCAGGUGACAGGGGCGAGCUUCGUACCCUGACGCAGCUCAUCCUCGACAUUUGUGACGAAAUCGCGCCCACCUUUCCAUCUCUGAUCAUGGACCCCUUCGCAUCUCAUGUGCUUCGAUCCUUGCUGCUACUUCUAUUUCCGAUCGCUCUACCUGGCGAGCUAACGCCUCAAAAAUUCGUUCGAUCCAAAAAAAGUACGGCAUGGAAGGCAAAACAAGGCACCAUGAAAUCUGUUUUCUCCAAUGAGAAAGGAAAAGGGAAUGAGACACCAAAUGUUUCAGUACCCAACCGAUUCCGCGAUGUCGCUGUGCGGUUUAUGCGUGACUUAAGAGAGCAGUUGAGUGCCAACGAGGUCAGAGCACUCGCUGCAAACAAAGUCGCCAGCCCCGUCUUACAACUACUCUUGGAAAUCGAAGCGGAAAUUGGCGAAGAGGCGUCUCCCGAUUCGCUCAUGGACCGGGUCUUGGUAGGAAUGAUUACGUCCUCCAAAAUGGCUGCGGAUACACCGCCGGAACCAUCUGAUUUCCUAGUUACUUUAUUACGGGAUCCGACAUCAUCGCAUCUAUUAGAAACCUUAGUAUCACGGUGUCCAGACUAUGUCUUUACCCAACUGUGGUCAGCAUACUUCCAAGGAAAACUGCAGCGGUUGGCGCUGCAUCCCGUGGCAAAUUUCGUCGUCUCCAAAUCCAUCGAACGGUUAGACAGCAACCAGCUCAAGGACGCUUUGAAGGAGCUGAGCCUUUCGUGGGACAAAGCUAUCCAGUCUUCCAGAACGGGAGUUUUGCGUAGUCUUGUAGACAGAGCUAAAGUGCUCGGAUGUCGUGAAAAAGACGUUUGCGAGGCUGUCUUCACUGGUUUCGGCCUUUCUGAUCUAGGAGUUCGCACCAAAUUGGUACCUUGUGCGUUGGUUCUGAAGAACUUAAAGGAAUACGAGGAGCUUCCCUUAACGGAAGAGGGAUUACGGGAGGCGAGUGACGGCAAGAAGCCACGUCGCAAGAAGGAUGCACCAAACCCGCGCGAGCCAACCGUACAGGGUGCCCUCCUUCUACAAUCACUUCUGAAGCUUCCGGAACCGCACUGUUUAACGGUUGUGGAUAGCAUUGGAUCACUCUCGGUGCAGGACCUUCUCGUACUGUCCCACAACGCAACAAGUUCACGGAUCCUAGACGCGAUGUUGGAGUCACCUACAGUUCCUUUCCAGGCUAAGCGGCGCCUUGUGACGUCCAUGAUUGGACAUUAUCAUGAGCUCGUCGAUGACCGGAUAGGCAGCCGAGUUGGUGAUCGCUUUUGGGCUUUUGCUGAUCCGUAUCUGAGGGAAAAGAUCGCUCGGUCGAUCAUGCCUCAAGAGCAAAGUCUAGCCGCAUCCUACUAUGGAAAAUUCUUCGCUCGUAACCUGAAUUUAUAUCUCUUGAAACGACGCCCAGACGAAUGGAAACAACUUCAGUCGAAGAGCAAAGCUACCACGAGCGGAGAAAAGGCUGAGCAGACUAGUGUGUCUGCACCAACGCCGUUGCAGCCACCGUCAGUUGCGUCAUUACCCACUGCUGACAAGAAGGCUCCCUCUCCGAAGAAAUCACCACGAAAACGCGACCCACCCGCAGAUGAAAUUGAUGUGCUCUUUGACACUGCGCUUGGUAACAAGAUCAAAAGAGCCGCAAUUGGCCAAAAUUCAGUUGCCCAAGACAAGAAAGCCCUGACAGAUCCACAUAUGCAGGAUGUCCUAAAAGCGGUUUGCGCAGCACCCAGCGGUGAGGAUGGACAUCCAAAGAAGCGGCGCAAGCGAUGAAUACAAAGGCGUGGUGUCUGUGGUGCACUGCUGAGGCCCAUUUUCGCGUUUGUGGACGCUAUAAUCCUUAUUCCCAAGGUAUUCGAGGAACCCUGUUCACCGCUCGAAUAUGUGAGGAUCUCAUUGACAGGUAUGAUAGGUCGCUGCUAUUUCGACAUUGUAGGUUAGAAUACUUCAUACUUCUGCACUUGUUUGCAGGAGAGGACCUAGUGUCCUUGAAUCAACCAUACAGUAGCAUCAAUCAAGUGGGGUG